CAGGCUGAAAGACAUUUAGGAAUUGCUGCCCCUAAGGAGAACAAUCACCACACUCAUGGCAGGGAUUUUGCGCUCAAUAGUUCAGAGGCCCCCAGGCAGACUACAAAUGGUGACAAAAGGUGUGGAGCCCCUUGUUCGUACAGAUUGGAUUCGUCACAAAUUUAUGAAGUCAAGAAUUCCAGAUAAAGUUUUUCAACCUUCACCUGAAGAUCAUGAAAAAUAUGGUGGGGAUCCCCAGCAGCCUCAUAAACUGCAUAUUGUUACCAGAAUAAAAAGUACAAAAAGACGUCCAUAUUGGGAGAAAGAUAUAAUAAAGAUGCUUGGGUUACAGAAAGCACAUACUCCUCAAGUUCACAAGAAUAUCCCUUCGGUGAAUGCAAAACUGAAAGUGGUUAAACAUUUGAUAAGAAUCAAGCCCCUGAAGCUGCCGCAGGGUCUCCCAAGAGAGGAGGACAUGUCCAGCACGUGCCUCAAGAGCACUGGAGAGCUGGUGGUGGGGUGGCUUCAGAACCCCACGGACCAGGAAGUGAAUAAGUCCUGAUGGCCUCGCGGCUUCAGAGUAAAAAGUGCAAGUCAUUUCUAUCUCAAGAUGUUGCUCAGUGUAUCCUGUCCAAAAACUUAAAUGCUGCGGUGCAGCCGUCGGCACAUCAGGUGACUCAACAACUCAUCCUACAAUUGGCCCUAGUCCAACAAAGACUAUGCCCUCUGGACAUCCUCCUGGUCUUAACUGACAAAAUCUUGACCAGUGAAAAUCUGGACGUCGUGGAUUGAUGCCUUGUGGUCUGACUUUGUCUGCCUUUGGCUGAAGAGGGGCAUCAGAGAAGAGCAGCUGUGACAGCCAGGAGCUGGACUGGAAAGCCUCCGUGUGUCUAGGAGCCGGCCCAGCACUGACAGGUGUUGCCUAUUGAACGUAAGCAAUUUCACAGGUCACCAACAUCACAUGAAGCUGCUCUGUAACUGAUGGAUCAAGGCGAAGACAAGCUCCCUCCAUAAUCACAUCCGAGCGCAGACGAAAACACAAGCAGUGUUCAAGCCGGAAAAAUGAGGCAUAUCCCCUCUUCUGGGUAAUGUGGGGCCUGCUGCUUCUCAUCACACAGCGUUAGCCUCGCUUCAUGCCUCUCACCUUCUAGAUGAGAUUCAUGAAGACACCAAUCAUAGAGCCAUCUCUCUUUUCCUGACAGCAUCCAAUCCAGAGCAAACCAUGCUUCUUUGAACACUCAUCAAAAUCAUCUAAUAAGAGCCCAGAUCCUUUAAAGUCCUUCCCAAAGGACUUUUCCUGAGAUGCAAUAAAGGGAACUUAUCCAGCUCCAGGUGUGUCUGGUGGUCUGUGGCCAGCCUGCACUCCCGAUACUAAUUCUUGUGGCUCUCGGGUCUAAGCUGCUAAGGAUCAUUCUACUCAGCCUCGACCUCCUUAGAGUAUCUCUGCUCCUUCCUUCACCACAGGUAACCCAGUCUGCUGUUUUCCCAGCCUGGAGAGCUUGCCAGAAAAAAACUCAAGUGGAUUUGUUAUAAAGCAGAAACUGACACACCAUUGUAAAGCAAUUAUACUCCAAUA